AUGAAUAAAGUUCAAUUAUCAGAUAGAGAAAUCAUUAAGAAAUUAAGGUCAAGGCUCGAAGCAUAUAUUGAUAAAUUUAAUACUCAAAGAAUUUUAAUUGAUAAAUUGUCAAUGGAAAGUAAAAACAAUGAAUUUACACAAAUCUUUUUAUAUAAUGAAAAAGAUAUUUCAUUAAGAGUUGGUGUUAGAUCACUAGCAUGGUGCUCGAUCUUUAGUUCAUUUACUGAUGAAUUAUUACAAGUUAUUAAAAAAUAUGAUAAUUAUGUUGAAGGUGAUCAAGAUGAAGUAAUGAGUGAAAUUGAAGCAAUUGAAGAAGAAAAAUAUGAUCCAUUUAAAAAAUAA